AUGUUUUCUGAUAAAAAUACCCAAAAACCUGUUCAGAAAAAGACAAGACCCCAUGGCUUACCCUCUCCUGCUCUGUGUUGUGCCUGUGGACUGUGCAUCAUGCUCGCUGGGAUAAACAUUACACUGGUAGGGGCUUUUGCAUUUGGGACAUUUCUACCGUUGGACAAUCCUCCCAUCAUCAUCGGACCUAUCUUGCUGGUUGUUGCUUUUGCAUUCUUUGGAGCGUGCUGCAUUUGUAGUCGUCGGCCACCAGCCUAUGGCACUAGGAAGUCCAAGCCAGGCUCCAAUAUUGGUUUUAUUAAACCGGGUAAUGCAGCCUUUGAGAUCGAAACAAGCGAGCACACCGUGCAGGACACCACCGCGGUUCAGCUUAGUCCAACCAAUUCCCCAGUCUCUUCUCGGAAAUCUUCUCCCACUCAUGAGAACUCUAAAAUGUGCAAACUUUUUACCAUGGAGGGCAAUGGGCCAGUGGCUAAAUACAAUGCAGGAGGGGAAUCUAUACAGCUUAACUUACCCAGAGACCCUGCCACUUAA